UUUUAUUGAUAUGAUAUCACUUACUGGCUAUCUCAGAAAGUUUACAUCUAUUAACUUAUUAAGAACUAUAUGUAGAUUCUUAUCUAGAAGAAGCAAAGGUUAGGACAGUGGCUGAAGCAGUUCUACAUCUUUAGAUUUAGACACUUUAGUAGAUGACUGGAUGUCAAUAUGGAGCUACAACAAUUUAAGUGCGAUUUGGCUUAACAUAAAAUUUUAAAUGGGUGGUGUUGCCCUAACCGAGAGGCUAACAGACUUGUUCACUCUAUGCUGGGUGAAGUGCAUGGUCCCACCUGAACUUUGAGAUUCUGUAAUCAUAUCCCUGUAUACAAAAACUGCUUCAACUAUUGAGGCAUUACACUUCUGUCAGUAGCAGGAAAGAUCUUGCUCAACCAACUAACCCAUUCUUUAGAGGACGAGGUGUUAUCUGAGAGCCAAUGUGGCUUCAGAGCCAGUAGAGGUACACCUGACAUGAUAUUUGUUCUGCAACAAUUACAAGAAAAAUGAAAAGAGCAGAACCUAAACAUAUACGCUGCCUUUGUAGACCUCACCAAGGCUUUUGACACAGUCAGUCGCGAUGGCUAGGAUGCCCACCUACAUUCCUAUCCAAUCUCAAUCAGUUUCAGGAUUGGGCUAUGUCUAUGUGCCAUGAUACAUGUAGUGACUCAAAGACUAAAUCUUACUCUGUUGACUUCGAUGACAAAAUCAGAUACCAUUCUAAAUAAUCUUUGUGUCAAGGAUUUUAGAAGUGUACAGUCUCAAUAUUUUAGCACAAGUUUGCGUAAACUUCCAUUCAAGCAACAAUUUGAGUCAUUCAUCAGAAUGUUUUCUUCUAGACCACCAUGUAAUGUUGGUGAUUCAGUCACAGAUGUAGAGACCCCAGCACUUCUUGUCUGUCUUAAGAAGUUAGAGCAGAAUUUAAAUACCUUGAAGGAGGCCAUGAAGGCAUAUCCCAGUGUGAAACUCAGACCUCAUGCCAAAACUCAUAAAUGUGCCAUGCUAGCAAGACUGCAGAUUCAAUCUGGGGCAGUUGGUCUUUGUUGUCAGAAACUGACUGAAGCUGAGGCCUUGGUGCAAGGAGGAAUACAAGAUGUCUUACUUUCUAAUCAGGUGAUCAACAAGAAGAAACUGUUACGUCUAGCUAGUCUGGCAAGAAGUGCUCACAUCGCUGUAUGUGUGGACAGUGAGAGAAAUAUUGAAGACCUAAGUGAAGCAGCAAAAACAUUAGAUGUGAUGCUGGACAUUGUCAUCGAAGUAAAUGUUGGUGGUUUCAGGUGUGGUGUAGAGCCUGGCCCUGAUGUUGCUCGACUGGCAAAGAAGGUGAUGUCCCUGCCCAAUAUUCGGUUUAAAGGUUUACACUGUUACAAUGGGAGAAACCAACAUAUUAGAAGUUUAGCUGACAGGCAAGCAGCUGUUAAUGAGGUCAUUGAGAAAACAAAGUUGGCUUUAAGUGCACUAAAAGAGAGUGAAAUUGAAUGUAAUUAUGUGACAGGUGGUGGAACAGGAACAUUUCAUCUAGAGGCUGCAAGCGAAGUCUUCACUGAAGUACAACCUGGUUCUUAUGUUUUCAUGGAUGUAGAUUAUGGAUUGAAUCUUGAUGGUGAAGAGAAGUUUGUCUCAGAAUUUCAGCAAUCUCUGUAUAUUCUGAGUACAGUACAAAGUGUUGCUGAAAAUAGAGCAAUAGUAGAUGUGGGGCUGAAGGCUGUUAGUCUUGACUCUGGUGUUCCAACUGUUAAAAAUUCAGGUGAUCAAGUGUAUAUAAGUGGAGGGGAUGAACAUGGAGUUAUAGUUCCACCUGGGGAUUUAAAGGUUGGCGACCAACUCUGGCUGAUUCCAGGUCACUGUGACCCAACAGUUAACAUGCAUGAAUGGAUUGUGGGAAUGAGGGAUGGAAGGGUGGAAAGUAUUUGGCCAAUUGGUGGCAAAGGUCCGGGUAUUUAGAUUUAAUAUACUUAAUGAAAUUGUAUAAUUAGUAGUUCAGAUGUUGUGUUGGUUGCUAAUAAAAAGAUGGAUUUCUUUCUUAAUCCUACUAUAUUUGACUGACCACAGUAAUUACAUACCACUAUUGACCACUAUAAUCUAUUACAGAUUGUUUUUUGAAUUAAUUCAGUUUUACUUUGAUUUCUGUUAAAAAUAUUUAAAAUCUUUUUGGAUCAUUUCUGAUUUUUUUUGUUCAUUUUACUAAUAUUUUUUGCAAACUGAGAUUUACAUUAGUACAAGUUUUUCCCUUUUGCUAAAUAACAAAGAUUUAUUUUCUUUCCAAUUUUCAAAAUGAAAUGUAAAAUAAUAUGUACAUGAUAUACAUCAUUUAGCUUUUCUUUGCUUAGAGUUAUGUGUUAAUAACUUAAUUUGAAUCAGUCAAUUUUAAAAUUACUUUUGGUAUUCCUUGUUGUAUAAACAAGCAAGGGUAACCACUCUGUUUGAAUGCUCCUUCUUUGUAUGAGACUGGCUGAAUUUAUUUAUUAUUUUAUUUCUUAGUUGACUUUUACCUCAUUCUUUUUCAACUGAACCUUGGAGGAUGUCAUGCAACUCAUCCUAUAUGUGAGAAAAACAAAUCAGCUCAGGAAUGUUUUUGAAACAAAUCAGCUUAGGAAAGUUGAAAAAAAUCAGCUCAUGAAAGUUUUUCAAACAAAUCAGCUCAGGAUAGUUUUUUAAACAUAUCAGCUUAGGAGAGUUGAAACAAAUUAGCUCAGGAUAGUUUUUGAAACAUAUCAGCUUAGGAGAGUUGAAACAAAUUAGCUCAGAAGAGUUUUUGAAACAAAUCUGCUUAUGAGAGUUGAAACAUAGCUCAGUUUGAAACAAAUCAGCUUGUUCAUCAUGAGGGUUUUUUAAACAAAUCAGCUUGUUCCUCAUGAGAGUUUUGAUAGCUUUUUCAUGGAUCCUGUCUGCUGUGAGAUGAAGUUGUCCAGCUCCUACCUCUGCACUGAGACUAAUUCUAUCAAGUUGUCUAGCUCCUACCACUGCACUGAGACUAAUUCUAUCAAGUUGUCUAGCUCCUACCACUGCACUGAGACUAAUUCUAUCAAGUUGUCUAGCUCCUACCACUGCACUGAGACUAAUUCUAUCAAGUUGUCCAGCUCCUACCUCUGCACUGAGACUAAUUCUAUCAAGUUGUCUAGCUCCUACCACUGCACUGAGACUAAUUCUAUCAAGUUGUCUAGCUCCUACCACUGCACUGAGACUAAUUCUAUCAAGUUGUCUAGCUCCUACCACUGCACUGAGACUAAUUCUAUCAAGUUGUCCAGCUCCUACCUCUGCACUGAGACUAAUUCUAUCAAGUUGUCUAGCUCCUACCACUGCACUGAGACUAAUUCUAUCAAGUUGUCUAGCUCCUACCACUGCACUGAGACUAAUUCUAUCAAGUUGUCUAGCUCCUACCACUGCACUGAGACUAAUUCUAUCAAGUUGUCUAGCUCCUACCACUGACCUAACCCUAACCCUAACCACUGACUGCACUGAGACUAAUUCUAUCAAGUUGUCUAGCUCCUACCACUGCACUGAGACUAAUGAUAUCAGUAUCAUUAUAGUGGAAUAUUGUUUGGCUGGCAGAAAAACCUCUCAUUGGUUGUUUACCAUCCAAACAUAUAUAACACUAACUCCAAUCUAGUGCAAACCCCAGAAGAAUAAGAAAAUAAAAUGUGUUCAACAGUAGAAUGGGAGGUUACUAUGCAUUUGUUAUACAGAGUUUUAUUUUAUGGAAAAAAAAAAUAUUUUAUACUUUUAAUUUUUCAAAUAAAAUCGUAGAAAAAAAUAA